AUGAAAGGCAGUCACGGCAACGUCCUGCUCCAGACAUUUUGGCCAAGCUACUCUUCUCCUUUCAUAGUGCUGAAAGAAGAUGUGGAAACAGGAGUCCACCUUGAUCCUGCUAUCAAGGAAGUUCAAUACAAUCCCACUUACGAUACCAUGUUUGCACCUGAGUUUGGACCAGAAAACCCAUUUAGGACUCAACAAAUGGCUGCACCUAGAAAUAUGCUUUCUGGAUAUGCAGAACCAGCUCACAUCAAUGAUUUCAUGUUUGAACAACAAAGAAGAACAUUUGCAACCUAUGGUUAUGCAUUAGAUCCUUCUAUAGAUAACCCUGAAGUUGCUACCAAAUAUAUUGGUUCUGUGGAAGAAGCUGAAAAAAAUCAAGGUUUAACAGUGUUUGAAACAGGACAAAAGAAAAUUGAAAAAAGGAAGAAAUUCAAGGAGAAUGAUGCAUCUAAUAUUGAUGGUUUUCUGGGACCAUGGGCAAAGUAUGUUGAUGAAAAAGAAGUAGCCAAACCAUCAGAAGAAGAACAGAAAGAGUUGGAUGAAAUAACAGCUAAGAGGCAGAAGAGAGGAAAACUAGAAGAUGAUAAACCUGGAGAGGAGAAGACUAUAUUACAUGUUAAGGAAAUGUAUGACUAUCAGGGGAGAUCUUAUCUUCACGUCCCACAAGAUGUUGGAGUUAAUCUUCGUUCUACAGUGCCACCUGAGAAAUGCUAUCUUCCAAAGAAACAAAUCCAUGUGUGGUCAGGACAUACAAAGGGUGUCAGUGCAGUUAGAUUGUUUCCUCUCUCUGGGCAUAUACUGUUGUCUUGCUCUAUGGAUUGCAAAAUUAAGCUAUGGGAAGUAUACGGUGAUCGAAGAUGUCUGCGAACAUUUAUUGGACAUAGUAAAGCUGUUCGAGACAUCUGUUUUAAUAAUGCUGGCACUCGGUUUCUUAGUGCUGCAUAUGACCGCUAUCUGAAACUCUGGGACACUGAAACAGGGCAAUGUAUUUCAAGAUUCACAAACAGGAAGGUUCCUUAUUGUGUCAAGUUCAAUCCUGAUGAAGAUAAACAAAAUCUCUUUGUUGCAGGAAUGUCAGAUAAGAAAAUUGUGCAGUGGGAUAUUCGAAGUGGUGAGAUUGUGCAGGAAUACGAUAGGCAUUUGGGAGCUGUCAACACCAUUGUGUUUGUGGAUGAAAAUAGGAGGUUUGUGAGUACAUCUGAUGACAAGAGUUUAAGAGUCUGGGAAUGGGACAUUCCUGUAGACUUCAAGUACAUAGCUGAGCCAAGUAUGCAUUCGAUGCCAGCCGUGACUUUGUCUCCAAAUGGGAAGUGGUUGGCUUGCCAGUCGAUGGAUAACCAAAUUCUGAUUUUUGGAGCUCAGAACAGAUUCAGAUUAAACAAAAAGAAAAUUUUCAAAGGGCACAUGGUAGCUGGCUACGCUUGUCAAGUGGAUUUUUCGCCUGACAUGAGCUAUGUGAUAUCUGGAGAUGCAGAUGGAAAACUUAACAUCUGGGACUGGAAGACAACAAAACUCUACAGCAGAUUAAAAGCACACGAUAAAGUCUGUAUCGGUGCAGUGUGGCAUCCACACGAAACAUCUAAAGUUAUUACAUGCGGCUGGGAUGGUCUUAUUAAACUAUGGGACUAAAGACGAUGCUACGAAGAUGUAAGUCCUGCAUACAUCUGAGAUUAGAGUGAAUUCUGCUGUAAGGGUGGGU